AUGGCCGGCGACCAAUGGCGGAGGGACGAAGGGAGGGUCCCCGACAGCAGGCGACUCAUGGCGGGGGCCGGGGGUCCCUUGCGCCUCCGCGACUGGCUGGUGGCUCAGAUCGAGAGCGGGCGCUACGCCGGGCUGCGCUGGGAGGACGCGGGCAAGACCCUCUUCCGCAUCCCCUGGAAGCACGCAGCCAAGCAGGGCUACCAGGCGCAGCAGGACGCGGCGCUCUUCAGGGCCUGGGCCAUAUACAAGGGCAAGCACCUAGAGGGCGUUGACAAGGAGGACCCCUCCACCUGGAAGACGCGGCUCCGCUGUGCCCUCAACAAGAGCGCUGACUUCUGUGAGGUGCGCUCGCACAGCCAGCUGGACAUCUCCAACCCCUACAAGGUCUACCGGCUCCUGUCUGACGGUGCCCACAGCCCAGUUACCAGGGCUUGUGCUCCCUGUAAAGAGGAGGGCGUUCUUCAUAGCCAGCAGGUUCUCCCUGGAGAAGUGACAGAGCCGGCCUGCAAGACAGCAGAGCAGGUUGGCUCCAGAUUAGUCACAGAGGAUAAGGACAAGAAGCAGCCCCCCAGACUGGCCCAGCAGGACUCCUUGUCACCAGCUGCCCUGCCCCCAGGCCCUUUGGCUGACCACAGGUACCAGGCUCAGGAUCCUGCUCACCCCUGGUACCCCUUGCCUUCUCAGGACUUCAGCAACCCCGAUUUUUGGCUGCACGUGCGACUCUUCUAUGGCGCGGAGCUGGUGCGCGAAGCCACAGCGCGCGCGGCCGAGGGCUGCAGCCUGAGUCCGCGCGCGGCCGCCGCUGCCGCCGAGCUCCUGCUGGGGCCGCCGCCGCGCGUCGCGCAGGUUCGUUUCCCCGAGCCGCCGCCCGGCGCCCGCGUGCUGCGGCGCCUGCUGCCCCACCUGGAGCGCGGAGUGCUGCUCUGGGUGGCGCCCGAGGGCGUCUUCGCCAAGCGCCUGUGCCAGGGCCGUGUGUACUGGCGCGGCCCGCUCGCCCCGCACCGCGCGCGGCCCAACAAACUGGAGCGAGAGCGCACCUGCCAGCUCCUCGACACGCGCCGCUUCCUCGCGGGACUGAGAGCCCACCUGCAGGAUGGUCUCCAGGAGCCCGAGUACCAGAUCCGGCUGUGCUUUGGCGAGGAGUACCCGGGGCCCCCGGACCAGCCUGAGGAGCGUCUCAUUAUGGCCCAUGUGGAGCCAGUCUUCGCGCGGGAGCUCCUCCGACACUCGAAGCUCCACGGCCAGGUGCCUCGGUGGCGCGUUCCCAGCCCCGCAUCCCCGACAGCGUCACUCACCUGCUGACACAGCUGAGUCAGCCCUGAACGGCUGCUUCCCCCUCCCGUACCCUCUAAAGCAGUCCCCACAGGUUGCAGAUCCCACCCCAGCCCUGCCCCAGCUGAGCCAGGGGACUUUAGGUCUCGCCUCACUCAUCGCCCAGGUAGGUUGAGACAGCGGAAGCCAGUCACGGCCUUCAAGCUCUCAGCCAAUGAGAUGGAGCCCCGGGAACCCAGGAAGGAGGCGCGUAAGCGGACAGCCCGGCAGCUGGGCCUGCGGCGUCAGGCUUGGGAACCGAACUCGACCUUGAGGUUCCAGAAAUAGCAAUUUCAGAAACAAAACUUCAUCUUUUUGUGAAGAGCUGGACAUGCCCAUAGCAGUUUACCUAAAGCAGACCUUACCUGCAAUUGAUCCAUUAUAAGGUUUGCUUAAAGCUGAGUUUACUGGGAGUUCCCUGGUGGUCCAGUGGUUAGGACUCUGUGCUUCCACUGCUGGGGGCCCAGGUUCGAGGGAUCCCUCGUGGGGGAACUAAGAUCAUGCAAGCCCCCAGGUACGACCAAAAAAAAAAAAGGGGGCUGAGUUUACCAAUAAUAAGAUCCUCCACAUAGUUUAGACUGAAGCCCAACCAGUAAUGGAAUUGCCCCACCUCUGAGGGGCUGUGAGUUUCCAGACCCUCCUUUCACCUGCCACAAGUCUCUCUUCUUUCGGGGUGGGUGGGGAUUGUGAGGGGAGGGCGUCCCAAAACAGAGGACUUAGCCUGAACCUGGGGCUUUAAAUGCUAAUCAAUCACUGAACCACUGCCAGUAGAUACUGUCUUUGGAGAAACUGAGGCAGGCCUAGGACAGAAGCCAAAGUGGGAGCCAGGAGUCCAGCCCCUGUGCAAGCCCCACCCCCAAUCUUUGCAAACUGUGAGUUGUAGGGAGUCCUUGAGAAUUGGGAGGGAACCCUCUCCACCAUGAAGGCAGUGACCCUGCCUUGUCAGUAAAGUCACUGUUUUCUACCCCAGAUAUCGGACCUUUUACCUUUUUUAUUUCUGACUUUAUUUAUAGGAAUUCUCUUAGAGAUGGCAACAUAAUAAAUCUUUUAGUGAUACAUUAAUUAGCCACUUUUAUGGGGGGGAACU